AUUAUUCUGGAUUUUGAAGAAAAUAAUGCAUAUUAAUGUUCAAAAAGUCUUGUUUCUUUACUCUGCUUGGAUUUUUACUCUACUUUUCCUUCAAUCUUGCACUCUAUGUUUUGCACGUGAAGAAUUUCAAGAACGCCGCCCCUCAAUCAGCUUCAGAGAACAUGAUAACAAGGUGGAAGCUGGCAGGGCAAUUGACAUUGCAAUUCAUGGGAUUAUGUUAUGGGCUUCAAUGGGAUUGUUGUUGCCUGCUGGAAUACUUGCAAUUAGACUGUCCACAUUAAUGGAAGAAUGUGAUAGUAAAAAAAAGCCUAGAGUCACACUCUUCUAUGUCCAUGCCAUUCUUCAGUUACUUGGAAAAAAUUUCAAAAGGUGGUUUCAGUGGUAGUAGCAACUGCAGGGGCAGUAUUAUCCAUCAAAAGCUUUGAAAAUAGAUUCAACAACAUUCAUCAAAGGAUAGGUUUAGCACUUCAUAUUGCUAUUUAUGUCCAAUUUGGAAUGGGUUUUUUUCGGCCUAAGAGGGGGAGAAAGUGGAGGAGUGUGUGGUACUUUUUCCAUUGGCUACUUGGGACAACACUAAGUUUGGCAGGGGUAAUCAACACCUACACAGGGCUAAGGGCCUACCAUGAGAAGACAUCAAAGAGCAUAAGCCUUUGGGUCAUGAUUUUCACAGCUCAAGUAUCAUUUAUGGGGUUUUUCUAUCUUUUUCAAGACAAAUGGGAGUACAUUAAAAAGCAAGGAGAUAUGGUUGUUGGCAAUGAACCCAAUGCUACAGCUGUAGUGGCCACAACAACAACAACAGCAAUAUGUGAAGUAGUGGUUCAUGCUGCUGAGACAUACAGAAGGAGCAAUGCACUUGGGACUUAUUUUUCAAGAAGCAAAGCACUCAAGAAACUAUUUCAGCAAACAUCAUGAUGAUGAUGAUGGGUUGUUUAAUAAAACACUUGUUGAGUUGUGUUGUUUUUUUACUUUGUCUAAAUAAUUGGUCCACCUUAUGAUUCAUUUAUAUUUUCCGUGUCACUAGCGGCUAGUUUAUCACUUGAGUCACCAUGAUUUAUCCCUCUACUAUCCUGUUGGGCUAGGGUGUGGGG